AAGGGCGCCUGCAUUCCGCUGUAUACUAGACUGUGUAUAGGCGCGCAGUAGGCGCGCAUUCCCCUCCCCUGUCGCGGGGUCUAGAGCUGCAAGUUCUCCACGAUGAAGUUGCUUCCGGAGUCUCUGCAGCAGGAGGCUGCCAGUGCCGCCCUGGUGGCGGGCUGGGUGAUGUGGUACCUGGAUACUCAGAUGCUUCCCUCGCUCAUGCGCGAGCACAAGCUGCACGCCUGCUGGGCCGCUGCGUACAAGCGCUACCAUGAGACGAUUUGGAAGUUCAACUAUGCCUAUGACCGCGACCUGCGCUAUUCCGCGGUCUCUAAGAACCAGGUUCUUGAGUCGCUGCACCACACGCCCGCGAAGUCGGUCUCGGACCACGUGAUGAAGAUGCUGGCCGCCAACAACAAGGUUUAUGAGGCCUUCAACCCCAGCAGCAAGCGCCUGCUGAUCUGGCAGACCCAGCCCUCGCUGCAGUAGGCGGGCUAGCGCACAUGCGGGGCUUGGCGACCUCAGGAGGCCGUUCCGGGACUCUGGGAGCUCGCGGAGGACUCGCGGAGGCAGCGGCGAAGCUUAGCGACAUGAGCCAAGGAGACGCGGCAUGGAGCCGUGGGAUGCUGUAUUAGGCGGGAGAGCGCAGGGGUCGGCCGGGGGCGGAGUUGUGCAAGGGCCGGCCGGCAGGGUGUGUGCGGGGUGUUGCGGGGUCAGGACACUGUCACGGAGUAUGCCAGAUCUGGACAUAAUUUGGGGCUAAAUGACGCGGCAUUAUAGUUAGAUAUACGGGGAUGCAGGGUGCAGAUGCCCCUGGACAUUGCAGGGGCGCAAUAGGCAGACGAGAUGGGUGAGCGCAGUGCGCCAUCGUGUCACGGGAUUGUAAUCGGACGAAGUG